CCCUCAAUUUCUUCCACUCCCAAUUUCUUAAUCACAAUCAUAAAUUCGAUUAGAUUCCUUUGUCUGCUUCUUUCUUCUUUGUUGUUCUUCGAAUCAUCCCACGUUUCUUCAAUUCCUCCCAAUUCUGUGUUUCCCUUUUUGGACAAUUAAACCUCUCUCUAUCUUCAUUAUUCAGAUCCAUAUGAUUGGGGGAAUUGAGGUUUGAAAUUAGGUUAAACGAUGGAGGACCGAGUUGAGAAAUUCAGACAAUCGAGCCCUGAAAGAGCCAAAUUACGGACUCAGACAUCCUCAAAUUCACAAAAUCAGAGCAGCCGCAAAGUAGUUGCUGUGAUUUACUAUCUCUGUAGGAAUCAGCAGCUGGAGCAUCCUCAUUUCAUGGAAGUCCCCCUCUCUUCCUCCAAUGGCCUUUACUUGAAAGACGUUGUGGAUCGGCUCAGCGUUUUGAGAGGCAGGCGUGUGGCUUUAUCCUACUCUUGGUCGUGCAAGAGGAGUUAUAGAAAUGGAUAUGUAUGGCAUGAUCUUUGCCGCGAUGAUUUGAUCCUUCCGGCGCACGGCGACGAGUAUGUUCUUAAGGGGUCGGAGCUCCUCUCCGAAUCCAAUUCCGUUCGAUCGAUUCCCGCCGGCGGCGGAGUCGUAAUACAAAACCACAAAUCGUCGCCGGAGCCGCCGUGCACGGCGAUAAGCCAAGAAAGUUCCCGGGAUGACGAGCUGUCUCCGACCGUACGCCAUCCUUGCUCGUCGACCGUUUCCCCAGACUCGAGCACCGGAAAAAAUUCGUCUUGGAACGUCUCGUUAAGCCUAACCGAAUACAAACUCAGCAAGACCGACGCAUCCACACAGACCGACGAAGAAAUUGUCGUACAAGGUUGUUCAAACGACGAAAUUACCCCAGCCGUCGAACGAACUCCCGACAAAAGCCGAGGCUGCGAUAACACCGGCACGUUGGAGUCACUGAUUCGAGCGGAUGUGAGAAAACUCAAAAAUUUAAGAAUGUUCGAAAACGAACGAUGCAAUAAGCUCAAGGCGUCGACUUUAAUAAUGCAGCUCAUAUCUUGUGGGUCAAUUUCGGUGAAAGAUCAUCGGUUCGGACUUAUCCCGACGUACAAGCCGACUUUAUCGAGCUCGAAAUUCCCGUCGCCGUUGUUCUCGACAUCGUUCGUUUUGGGAGAGGCUAACGGUUCGGCGGAGAAUCGUAAAUUGUCUGAAAAACAUCGUCGUUCGUUCGACACUAGUGCGAGAAUGUUAUCCGAGAAAGAGCAACAUUCGACGUCCCGGAGAGAGACGGAUUUCUUGAGAGACAAUGUCGAGGAAAGUAAUGUGAUCACGGUCGAAGAAAGGCUUGCUUCAGGAGCUCGGGUUAUAAUCCGUACGAAGAAAGUGCAGCAAGAUUAGGUCUAAUUAGGACAGGAUAAGGACAAACUUCAAAGAUGGAAAUUACUACGCAAAAAUUACACUCGAUUUUUUGAAUAAUAGUUUCUAUUUUUGUUGUUGUUUUUUUUUUUUUUCAAUUACGUUGAAUUUAAUAGUCUGCAAAUUAGGUCUGACAAAGUAAAUAACACUAAGCAAAUUUUGUGUGGCAGAUAAGACUCGGGCCGUGAGGAGUCUUUGUUAUUUUUAAGAU